ACUGAAUGUUAAUUAAUGAUCUAGCAAACUACACAAAACAGUAAAUACAAUUUUUUUUUGAAUCACCCCUGUUCCUUGUAACUGAUUCUGAUUCAGAACUGUUAUGCAAUUGACACGACCCUACCCAAUCGAUUAAUUUUCUUUUUAUUUCAGUUAAUUUUUUCAAAAUAGACCCGAAUAUGACCCAACUUGAAUGUGAACUCGAUAUCAAACAUGAUCCAAACAACCAUAUUUGUCACCUAAUCCUACUAUAUUGACUUAAAAACAGAAAAAAAUAUUGGAAAAAUACACAACUUGGGAAUUUGUAACCUCAAAGUUUUCAACUUUAAAUAGAAGCUUCCCAAGAGGUUCACACACAUACAGUAACACACACACACAAACAGAGAGAGAGAUAGAGAGAGAGAAUGGGAAAAGGAGGAAAUUCACAUGGAGAUGGUGAAGGAGAGAAGAACAUGGCUGCAUGGUUGACAGGGAUUAAUACUCUCAAAAUCCAACCAUUUGAGCUUCCUCCUCUUGGUCCCCAUGAUGUAAGAAUCAAAAUGAAAGCUGUUGGUAUUUGUGGAAGUGAUGUUCACUAUCUCAAGAACUUAAGAUGUGCUGAUUUCAUAGUGAAAGAGCCAAUGGUAAUUGGACAUGAAUGUGCUGGGAUUAUCGAAGAAAUUGGAACUGAUGUUAAGUCAUUAGUACCUGGUGAUCGAGUUGCUCUUGAACCUGGGAUUAGUUGUUGGCGUUGUCAUCAAUGCAAAGAUGGAAGUUACAAUCUUUGCCCUGAGAUGAAGUUCUUUGCAACUCCCCCUGUUCAUGGCUCUCUUGCAAAUCAGGUGGUACAUCCAGCUGAUUUAUGCUUCAAACUACCAGAUAAUGUCAGUUUAGAAGAAGGGGCUAUGUGUGAGCCACUAAGUGUUGGUAUCCAUGCUUGUCGCCGUGCAAAAGUUGAUCCCGAGACCACCACAUUGAUCAUGGGAGCUGGUCCUAUCGGGCUCGUGACAUUGCUAGCAGCUCGUGCAUUUGGUGCCCCUAGAAUAGUCGUAGUUGAUGUAGAUGAUUACCGUUUAUCUGUUGCGAAACAACUCGGUGCAGAUGAUGUUGUCAAGGUUACAACUGAUAUGCAGGAUAUCCCGGAUGAAGUUGCGCGGAUACACGAGGCUAUGGGAAGACCGGUAAAUGUGACUUUUGAUUGUGCCGGGUUUAACAAGACCAUGUCGACUGCUCUUAGUGCAACGGGUGCAGGUGGUAAAGUGUGUCUCAUCGGGAUGGGCCAUGGCGUGAUGACUGUUCCUCUAACUCCAGCAGCUGCAAGGGAAGUUGAUGUCGUGGGGGUGUUCCGGUACAAAAACACGUGGCCACUAUGCCUCGACUUCAUAAGUAGUGGUAAAAUCGACGUGAAACCUCUUAUAACCCACAGGUUCGGGUUCUCACAGAAGGAGGUAGAAGAGGCUUUCGAGACCAGUGCUCGUGGUGGUGAUGCGAUUAAGGUUAUGUUUAACAUGUAAGGAGAUUAUCUAAGUGUUGGAUACAACGAGUUUUAGCAGAGAUCAGAGUGUUUCCAAGACAAUAAAGAGUUUUUUUAGACUAUUAAUUUUGUUGUAUUUUUAUUGCUUUUCUGCAUGAUUGAACUUUUGACCCUGGUUGAUUUAUGAAUCAAUAAUGCAUUUUUCGUUAUGAA